GUCAUUCUGAGGUCUAGUUCGUCGGGAAUCUCUGGUGGACAGAAGGUGUACGAAUCUGUUUUUGGGUAUCUCUCAACCUCUCUUUGUCUUGCUCUUGUUCUUGUUAUCCACCAUGUUGGUGAGAGCUAUUGUGGUUGAUUGUUGAUCCAAGAAGGGUGUUCUUGAGGUGUUUGUAAUCCUCUAGCUAGUCUAGAGAGGACUUGUAAUCCCAC